AUGAUAAAUAAUAUCUCAUCCAAGGCCACCAUAAGCAGCACACGCAUACAGAGCACCUCAAGUGAUUCAGUAUUAUCAACUUCAGAUCUUCACAAUAAAAAAAGUGACAACUUUAAAAUGGUAAUAGAUAAAUCUAAACGCCACCUAUCCUCAUCUAGCUCCUCCGAGAAAAAGGAAAACAAAAAAUCCAAACAAUUAUUUAUCUCUACUAACCGCUUCGCCCCACUUGCCGUAGACAAUAACACAGAACUGAAUAUACAAAAUUAAAAUUCCAAUUCAGAACAAGUUAAAAAAACUCCUCUUUCACCUCCAAUAAUAGUAUGUGGUAUUAAAGAUUUCGUAAGUGUGAGAGCUGAACUAAUAGACAUAGUUGGUAACGAAAACUUAUCAGUAAAAGCAUCAAAAAACUCCUUAAAAAUCCAACCCAGCAACCCCAAUGCAUAUAGAGCAAUUAUACAUUUUUUAAAAGACGCGGAGGCCGAGUUCCAUACGUACCAAAUGAAAGAAGACAAAGCACUCAGAAUAGUCUUACGUAACCUUUACCCAACCACCACACCAAUUGAAAUCAAAACGGUUCUUGAAGUUUCGGGUUUCUCAGUAUCCUCAGUCACUAACGUUCUUAGUAAAAUCGCAAAAAUCAAAUUACCCCUUUUCUUCGUAGAUCUUGAACCUGCUGGAAUUAAUAAUAAUAUCUUCGAGUUAAACUAUCUACUUAACAGGAAAAUAAAAAUAGAAGAACCAUAUAAACAACGUACCAUAGUUCAAUGUCAAAACUGCCAGGAGUAUGGGCACUCAAAAGCAUACUGCUCUUACCCAUCCAGAUGUGUCCGCUGUGCCUCCCAACAUCUCACUUCCACUUGUACUAAACCUCGUGACACACCAGCUAAAUGCGCAUUAUGCAAUGAUGAUCAUCCUGCUAACUAUAGAGGAUGCCAAAUACAUACAAAUCUGUAA